AAAUAUGCUGUGAUAGCUUGACGGCUGAGACAGGAAUAUCCUCCUAAUGAUGAUCUAAUGAGUCAGACCCAGAAAGGACGGUGAAUACUUUAAGUUACAUUUCCGCUAAUGGUACUUCGGUGUUUGCUGGUGCGAAGGAAGCAAGGAAACGACGGGUCUCGUCCUUGUCGCCGCACCUGCGACUCCUACUGGUCAGUUGGAGAACAGCGAAGGUGAAAUAUUAGUACAACAACGGGGUGAGCCCCAUAGGUGAGUCCUAUUUACUAUGCAGUCCACGGGCGAACCUGAACCGCUCCUAGUGGGGACUCUGCUGAUAGGCUAAUGGGUGAAACCAAGGUGGUGCCAAGAUGGUGCAGGAAGUAGGGCCAUAAGAUGACUCUCCAGCACAUAGUCAUUCAUCCUUCUCUUCUCCCUUGACCGUUUGGCUGCUUCGUUGUUCUUACGACGUUUCUCCCAGUAGAGAGCAUCCUUCUUCUCUUCAGGUAAGGUGCGUGGGGAAUACUGUCUGUGAUACCAGAGCCUUCACCUGGGAGUCAGAGGAAGGUGGGGCCAGGGACAUGUUGCACUAGGAUAAGCAGAAAGCGAGAGGAGGGGAUGGAUGAAACAGGAUUGGUCAUGCAGAUUCCAGCAGAGAAUCUUCCAGAAGAUCUGCAUAACCGAGGUCUCCUCAGCAUCAUGGCCAAGAAAAGUGUUGAAUCUGGGCUCACAUGGGAGGUGAGGGCCAACAGCCGCCACUACCAAAAACACAAACAGAAGAAGUCUUUCCUGUGCUUCCGCUGGGGGCAGUGCGCGGACAAUUUGGUGCGCAGCUACAGGUACUCCCUCCUGACUUUCCUGCCCAUGACGCUGUUUGAGCAGUUCCAGCGAGUGGCCAAUCUCUACUUCCUCCUCAUGGUGGUGUUGCAGUGUGUCCCUGCCAUCUCAUCUAUACCCUGGUACAUCACCAUCAUCCCACUGCUCACCGUACUCUCAGUGAGAGGGCUGAAAGAUCUUUCCAACGACAUGGCAAGGAGACGCAGUGACUCUCAGAUUAACUCCCGACCCUGUGACAUACUCAUCUCCCGUAGUUUCAGUGCAGCACAAUGGAAGGAUCUGCUUGUAGGAGAUGUCCUGAGGAUCCACAAAGACCAAAUUAUCCCUGCUGACCUUCUCCUCCUGUGUAGUUCAGAGCCUCACAGUGUGUGUUAUGUGGAGACAGCAGAUAUUGAUGGAGAGACUAACCUCAAGUUACGCCAGGCGCUCAGUGCUACACACUAUGAGCUGACCUCUCACCCCUCAGAGGAGGCGCUUGCUGCCUUUGAUGGUGUCGUGCUCUGUGAGGCGCCCAACAAUCGCAUGUACACCUUCAGAGGCCAGUUGCACUGGAGAGGAGAGUGUCUCCUACUGGACCAUGAGCACAUCCUCCUGAGGGGAACAGUCCUACGCAACACAGAGUUUGCCUACGGCUUGACCAUAUACGCUGGCGCGGACACUAAGAUCCUGAGGAACUGCGGGAAGCUGAGAGUGAAGACAACUCGAACGGAAAAAGUUUUCAACAGAGUGGUGUUGGGGAUAAUCCUGUCAGUUCUGCUGGUUGCUCUGCUCCUUGCCAUUGGCAGUGGUGUGUUUUCGAGUUGGGUCAUGAGCCACACAGGGGUUCUGUCUCCUCUGGUGGUUAACGGCAACCCCGCCUACACAGGAUUCCUCAUCUUCUGGAGCUACAUCAUCCUGCUCAGCCCGGCCAUGCCCAUAGCUCUAUACAUCACGUUUGAGGUGAUCCACACGGUCCACAGCCUGUUUAUAGGCUGGGACAUAGAGAUGUAUUGGCAGCAGGCAGACAGACCAGCCCAGGCCAGGAAUACCUCGCUGACUGAGGAGCUCGGACAAGUGGGAUACCUGCUGAGUGACAAAACUGGGACACUGACCCAGAACCGUCUGCUCUUCAGACAGUGCUGCAUAGCUGGAGAGAUCUAUGGUGAUGCAUCAGUCAGUGCAGAGGACACAGAGCCCAUGGACCUGAGCUGGAAUCCGUUCUCAUGCGGUGGUCUGUUCAUGUCGGCUCCCAGCCUGAUGGAGAAGCUCAGAAAACAGCAGUGUCCUCUCAGCAGACAAUUUGUCACAGCGCUGUCUUUAUGUCACACUGUCAUGGCAGAGUGGAACAAAGAGGCUCUGGUUUACAAGGCCGCGUCCCCAGAUGAGGAGGCUCUUGUCGGUGCAGCCAGAGAGCUGGGCUGGGUCUUUCUUUCCAGGACAAGAGAUUGUAUCGUUGUGUCUGAGCUGGGCGUCACUCGCCAGUAUCAGCUUCUGGCCCUGCUGGACUUUACCAGUCAGAGAAGAUGCAUGUCUGUGCUGGUGCGGGAGCCGGAGGGUGAGUUAAAGCUGUACUGUAAAGGGGCAGACAUAGUGAUCCUGGAGAGACUGCAGAAGGACUAUCCAUAUCAGGAACAGAUUGAAAGAGCCUUGGAGUUGUUUGCCCAGGCCUGUCUGAGGACUUUGUGUGUUGCGGUUCGAUCUGUUCCUGAGGCAUCGUGGGAGCAGUGGAGUAAGACUCUGGCCCAGUCUGCUGCCAUGGCGACCUGUGACCGUGAUGCACUGUUGGACAAGCUAUAUGAUCAGAUGGAAAGAGAGUUGCAGCUUCUGGGAGUGACGGCAAUAGAAGACCGACUUCAGGAGGGUGUUCCUGAGACUAUUGCUCUGCUUCAGGAGGCUGGACUUAAAAUAUGGGUACUCACUGGGGACAAAAAAGAGACUGCAGUGAAUGUUGGAUACUCUUGCAAACUACUGGAUCCUGAUACCAGAUUACUGGAAUGGCAGGAGCUGAGACAGAUACUCCAGUCCCCAGACCCAGGGAUUAGUUUCUCCAAGGCCAGACAGAUAGAAGUGUGGGCUGUAGACAAGGGCAAGGCUCCAGCCAAGACUGCUGUGGUCCUCACUGGACCUGAGCUGGCAGAGUUUGACAAGAGACCAGAAUGGGGGGCCACGUUCAUGAGCCUGGCAGAGCAGUGUCAGUCGGUGCUGUGCUGUCGCGUGACGCCUGGACAGAAGGCUGACAUCGUCACUUUGGUCAGGAAACACACCCGCUCAAUCACCUUGUCCAUCGGGGACGGUGCCAAUGAUGUAAACAUGAUCAAGACGGCUCAUGUUGGCGUGGGAAUAGCGGGAGUGGAGGGAGGUCAGGCGGUGCAGAACGCGGACUUUGCAUUGUCCCGGUUCAGAUUCCUGCAGAGGCUGCUGUUGGUCCAUGGGCGCUGGUCCUACAGGCGCAUUUCCCUCUUCUUGCGCUACUUCCUGUUUAAGACCUGUGGCUUUGCUCUCGUGCAUAUAUGGUUUGGUUUCUUCAAUGGCUUCAGUGCGCAGUCUCUGUAUGAGACGUGGUUCAUCGCUCUCUACACUGUCUUCUACACAGCGUCCCCAAUUAUGCUUGUGGCCUUCUUUGAACAGGACGUGAGUGCUGAAAGCAGUCUGAAGUGGCCGGAGCUGUACAAGUCUGGACAGAGACAGGAGCUGUCCAGCCCUCUGAUGCUGCUCUUAUCGCUCCUCUAUGCUGUCUAUGCAUCACUUGUGUUCUUCUUCAUCCCAGUUGGAGUCUUCUACGAUACGGCCUUUGACUACCAGACCAUGGCAGUCACUGUGGCCAUGGCAGCCACGUUCGCUGCCACAAUUGAGAUAGUACUAGUGACCAGAUACUGGACAAAGUUCAACAUAGCAGCUGUGUGCGUGUCUCUGGUGUUUUUCUUCAUCUGUUCCAGGAUCACUCACGGCACCCAGCUGUUUCAGAGGUCACCCAGGGACUAUCACUUUAUCGGUACAUCUAAUAAGGCCUUUGUCGAUCCAGUUGUGUGGCUCACAGCUCUGCUCACUGCCUGGAUGGCUGUUUUACCCUCUGUCACUGCCCAGGCCCUCAGUGUCGUCCUCACAGUCCGCGACAAACACAAGGUCCACAGUGUAUCCCUUCAGCCAGUGGAGCUGAGGUCAGAGUUGAGAAGAGGAACGUCUCUUCGUCGUUCCUCUUACGCCCUCUCUCAGGGAGCCGGGCUCGGACGCCACAUUUCCUCUGGCACCUGCGUCCGCAGCACAGCGCUGCCAGUGGAUGAGAGGGUGAUUGCGAGUGAUAACCCCACUGUCUCACAAGGUCAAAUUCACAUGAUGGACAAGACUGAUGCACUGAAAGGCACUAAAUAUUGACUGAUUUAGGUUUUGAUGUGGGAAAAUAUCUGAUCAUACAGUUACUGCAACAUGGACCUGAAAGGAUGAUUCAUUAUGUCUGUACUCUAAACUGCAAUUCUUACCGGUUUGUAUAGCUACUGCCUUCCAAUAUAAUAGACUAUACAAUGUAUAAAAUGAAGAGCAUUAUGUUCUAUAAAUCUUGUUUAUUAUUUUUACAUAGACACAUUACCUCUGCAUGAGUUUCUCUAUGUUUGUUGUGUGAAACUGCUGUGAUAAAAAGAAAAAAAUCAAAUUUCCAUCUGCGGGGGGCCACAGGGGAUUGCCUUAGAGGAUCAAACCAAACACAAUAAACCGGCAGCACCGCUUUGUUUUACAG